AUGAAGACAACGUCGUCCGCGUCCGGGACGUGCCGACGGCGUCGGUGGCCAUGCACUUACCUGGCCAUGCCCAAGACCUUCUCUCGGUACGUGAUGCAAUACCACGCGACAGAGCCCCACUUGCUCCUCUCGUCGGCCCACGACCGAACACUGCGCACGUGGGAUCUGCGCACCGGGUGCUGUACCAGCGUGAUCCAGCUGCCGUCGCCCGCCAUUUCCAUGUCGUGCCACCCCGUGUCCGGCUGUGUUGUGGCGUCGGCGCACGACGACGGCACCGUUGCUCUCUGGGACGUCCGGUCGCACCGACGCCCGACGCACUCGCAACGGCGUCUGACCACAUCGUCCGGGUGCCGCCCGAUCCUGUCGUUCUCGCCCCACGGCGCCUGGCUCCUCCUCGGCGGCUUUGACGGCUCGCUUCGGUCCGACUACACGGCAGCGGUGCGCGACAGUGUUGUGCAGGCGGUAUGGCACACGACGCUCCCGGCGUUCGUCACGUCCGGCGCCUCCAAGACCGUGAAGCUCUGGGCGCUGUAG